UGAAGCAUGGCAUCAAUGACUCUGAUAAGGACAAGUGUAUGACCAAUCUGCUUGACAACUGACAAGAGGCUGGGGUUUGAAGCAGACUGCAGAAAGAACACCAGAAAGUGAUUUGCAAAGGGCAUUCCAGUUGUUUGCCUUACAUCUUCUUCCCUCUGUCUUUAUUGAAACAAGACUGGCAAUCAGCUAAAAUACCCUUGUCCUCUUGUUUCUCCACCAGAAAGUAAAUAUAGAAGAAAUGUGUUGUUUUGGAGUAUUAGCUGCACUGUCUGUUUUCAACAUCAUUGCCUGUUUGACAAGAGGCAAGCCUUUGGAAGACUGGGACAGGCUAUCAGCUAUGGGAAAGUCUGAUGCACACUUUCAUGAUCCUGGGGAAGUAGAAGAUGAGACCCAUUUCAACUUUAAAUCUUUCUUGGAGAAUAUGAAGAUGGAUUUACUAAGGAGUUUGAAUUUGUCAAGAGUACCCUCACAAGUGAAGACAAAAGAAGAACCACCACAGUUCAUGAUUGAUUUAUACAACAGAUAUGCUGCAGACAAGUCCUCCAUCCCUGCAUCCAAUAUUGUAAGGAGCUUCAGUACUGAAGAUGUUGUUUCUUUAGAUUCACCAGAAGAAAACCCAUUUCAGAAACACAUUUUGUUCUUCAACAUCUCUAUUCCACAAUAUGAGGAAAUCACCAGAGCUGAACUGAGAAUUUAUAUCUCCUGUCACAGGGAAACUGGGUCUCUCUCAAGGCUGGAAGGCAACAUGGUAAUUUAUGAUGUUCUAGAUGAUGGCCACUGGGAAAACUCAGAAAGUACCAAAUCUUCCCUUGUUUCCCACAAUAUCCAGGAAUGUGGUUGGAAGAUGUUUGAAGUGUCCAGCGCUGUGAAAAGAUGGGUCAGGGCAGACAAACUGGAGACUAAAAAUAAGCUAGAGGUUGUUAUAGAGACUAAAGCUGUGAGUGGUUUUACCUGUGGGAAGCUGGAUGUCAGUGUUACUCCUGACACAAAAAACCUGCCCCUGUUAAUAGUGUUCUCCAAUGACCGCAGCAAUGGGACCAAGGAGACCAAAGUGGAGCUCCGCGAGAUGAUUGUUCACGAGCAAGAAAGUGUGCUCAAGAAACUAGGGAAGAACAACACUUCAUCUGAAGAGGAACAGCAGGGAGAGGAAAAGGCCGUCACUGGAUCCCACCGGCAUUCCUCCAGAAGCAAGAGAAGUGUUGGAGCCAACCACUGCAGGAGAACUUCCCUCCAUGUGAACUUUGAAGAGAUUGGCUGGGAUUCCUGGAUCAUCGCACCAAAAGAUUAUGAGGCUUUUGAGUGUAAAGGGGGUUGCUUCUUCCCUCUGACAGACAACGUCACCCCAACUAAACAUGCUAUUGUUCAAACUCUGGUGCAUCUCCAAAAUCCAAAAAAAGCCUCCAAGGCCUGUUGUGUUCCGACCAAACUGGAUUCAAUCUCCAUUCUUUAUAAGGAUGAUGCUGGUGUGCCCACUUUGAUAUAUAACUAUGAAGGGAUGAAAGUGGCAGAAUGUGGCUGCAGGUAGUAUACAAGGCAGAAUCUCUAAGAAAAGGAACAUCCCCUUUAUCUGUCCUGUGCAAAUCUGUACAACAGUGAUGCAAAUGAAGACGAUUGCAAACAGGGUUAAGAGCAUGGUAUGGGGCUGAUUUUUGUUGCUGCUUGUUUUAAGGGAAAAUUGGCAUUUAAAGAAUGCCAAUCUUUGUAAAUAGCCUGCAUUAUAUAUCAUGGCAAAGUGAAUACUGGAUUAAAAUAUUGUGAGAUUGAAUGAAGUAUGCAUUAUCUGGUGAUACAAUGUCAAUGCCUUAUUUCAAACUUUCUGUUUAAUCAACAGUAUUUUAGGUCACAAACUAGAGGAUUUUCAGUGGGGGUUUAGGAUGUCCUGCAAAUGUUUAACUGCUCUUGAAAUCUAAUUCUCUCAGUUAACUGUGACAUUUUCAACUUGGGUAAAACUCGGUAAAUGGAAUGUUGUCUGCAUGAUAAAGUCAGGAAUCUAAAUCCAGGAAGC